GAUGGACAAAAUGACAAAAAGCUUGCCAGAAAACAGUUUCCGAAGGCUUUCUCUGAAGAUGGUGCAGGGGGUACCACUGAGAAAAACAACUGCUGAAAAUUUUGAGCCAAUUGCUAAUUUUCAAGCCAGGCCAGAUGACCUUCUAAUAGCAUCAUAUCCAAAGGCAGGUACAACCUGGAUACUGGAAAUAGUGGACAUGAUCGACAAUGAAGGGGAUGUGGAAAAGUGCAAACGAGCUCCUACCUUUGUACGGUUCCCUUUCCUUGAAAUCAGUCCUCCACCUCCAGUUAAACCAGGCGUAGAAGAAGCUGACAAUAUGCCUUCUCCUAGGAGAUUAAAGACACAUUUACCUUUCCAUCUUGUGCCCAAGUCUUUCUGGGAAAAGAACAGCAAGGUUAUCUAUGUUGCCAGAAAUGCGAAGGACAAUGCUGUAUCCUAUUACUACUUUGACAAGUUAAACCAACGUCAGCCAGAACCAGGGACCUGGGAAGAGUAUUUAGAAAAGUUCAUGCAAGGAAAUGUGGCCUGGGGAUCCUGGUACGAUCAUGUCAAAGGAUUCUGGGAGAAGAAGGACCAACACCAGAUCCUGUAUAUGUUUUAUGAAGACAUGAAAGAGAACCCUGAACGAGAAGUUAGAAAGGUGAUGAAGUUUCUGGAAAAGAACCUGCCAGACCAUAUUAACAGUAAGAUUAUUCAGCACACGUCAUUCUCUGCAAUGAAGGAAAACCCCAUGGCUAACUACAGUACUAUGCCUCCUGCUUUCUUUGACCAAAGUUCUAUCUCAUUCAUGAGAAAAGGUGAGGUUGGUGACUGGAAAAAUCACUUCUCUGCGGAUCAGAAUAAAGUCUUUGAGGAAGACUACAAGAAGAAGAUGGCCGGAUCAUCACUGACGUUCCGCACAGAGAUCUGACCUUUUUCUGAGGGAUGGUGAUGAAAGGAAAAGCAAGCAGCAACAGCAAGAAAAUAAGCUAUUUCAUUUGUUGCCCUUUUGUGUCCGAGCCAUCAGACUAAGAACUUCACUAACCUUAAACUAAACUGCAAAAAAUAGCAAUAUAAUCGGACUGUAUUUAUUUUGCAUAAAUGGCAUAAAUUAUUAAUAGGAAUGUAUCUUAUUUUUACAUUUUUGGCAGGGUAAAUGGUAGGAUAAAAAACGUAUCACAUGAUCUUUUUUGCAUAUGACCCAAGAAUAUAGAAGAAAUAAAAUGAAAUGCAGAAUAGAAUUUAUUCAGAACAGAAUUUAAACCAUCAGAAAUGAAAUCAUGUCUUCUGUCUUAUGCACAAUGACAGGAAUUGUGCUCUGUAUCAUCAUGCAAUACAACUGUUACAAACAUGCUGUGAGUAUGCUUAGUGGUGCUGCUUGAUUAUGACUAAGAAAAAAGAAAAUAUCUCAAUGAAAGAAUGUAGUGAUGAAUAAAAUACAGAUAUUGGGCCUAGCAAUCAAGAAGGCUUUGCAGCCAGAAUGUAGUGUGUGCAAUGAAACUAAUAGGAUUGUGUAGUAUAUGGGGAAAAUGUUACAAUUCUUUGUUGAGGAGAAUCCUGAUGGAAGAAGUUUCCCUAACCCUCCUAUAUGGGAACAUAACCCCCACAGCUCAGAACUAAACAUGACCUACCAAUUCUCCACCAGAGGCCAAUAGUGCAUUGGACAUACCACCUCCCUUUCUCCUGCGAUGGGUGAGCCUGCAUUAGCUACUCACUCCCAUCUUGCCCUUUCUUGGCCUUUCCAGUGCUUCGGCUGCUAACUGACCCCAGGACAUGAGUAAUAAGCAAGGUUUUAUACCCGUGUUGUUGUUGUGUCUUUCAGCUCUUCCCGGUUAAGGGUUGCCACUCCAGUCCGCUAAUGAUUGGCAGUAGAUUU